GUUUCCUCCAACACAUGAAACAGUAAAAAAGCUGCGACGUGGAGAAAUUUAGAAACAGUCGACACUCCCUCAGCAGAGAGCAGCAGAGCCGUCAUGAAGGCCUCGUCCUUCUUGUCCUUUGUCGCCCUCUGUAUCAUCGGAUCUAUCACCACCAUCCCAGCACUGCCUCCCACCGAGCCGCCGCUCAUUCACGACCACCCCUUUGUGGUCAUAUGGAACGCCCCCACCGAGCACUGUCGCCAACUACGCAUCCCUCUGGACACCGCAGCCUUCCAGGCGGUGACCACGCCCGCCGCAGCACCCGGUCAGUUCCUAACCAUCUUCUACGAGGACCGCCUCGGCCUCUACCCUAAAGUCGAUAGCGCCAAGCGCAAGCGCUAUAGAGGCGGAGUCCCCCAGAACGGCAACCUGACGGAGCAUCUGGCCAAGGCCCGGGGUCAAAUCGAUCACUACAUCUCCCAGGAUUCCUCUCCGGGGCUGGCGGUCAUCGACUGGGAGUCCUGGCGCCCCCUGUGGGACCAGAACUGGGGAUCAAAACGUAUUUACAAGAAGCUGUCCAUCGCUCGUGCCCUGCAGAUGGCCCCAUUUUUGUCAUCGAGGGAAAUUUCCGAACUGGCCAAAAGCCAGUUUCAGCUAGCCGGGCGGCGCUUUAUGGAGAAGACCAUCAGCCUCGGCAUUGGCGAGCGUCCGAGCCGCCGCUGGGGUUUCUACCUGUUCCCCGACUGCCACAACUACGGCUGGGAGAAGCCCAACUACACCGGGAAGUGCUCCACGAAGACCAAGAAGCAAAACGACCAGAUGCUGUGGCUGUGGGAGCGCAGCACCGCCCUCUUCCCCUCCAUCUAUCUCCACCUGAACCUGAGAAACUCCCCGAAAGCCUCGCUGUUCGUCCGCAACCGAGUCCAGGAGGCCUUGAGGGUGGCCACGCUGCCGAAACGCCCUUACACAAUGCCGAUCUACGUCUACUCCAGGCCACUAUACCGAGACCAGACCGAGAAGUUCCAGAGCAAGACGGACCUGGUGAGCACUGUGGGAGAGUCUGCGGCUCUGGGAGCUUCAGGGGUCGUGAUGUGGGGAGGAAGCAAAGACUACAACAACAAGGCGGCCUGUCAGUCUUUGUCCGAGUACCUGACGUCCACAUUCGACCCGUACAUCGCCAACGUGACGGCGGCCGCCAUGCUCUGCAGCGAGGUUUUGUGCCAACAGAGAGGCCGCUGCGUCAGGAAGAACUACAACUCCGCCCACUACCUGCACCUGAACCCCGCCUACUUCAGCAUCCUGCGGGCCGACAGGAAGUACGUGGCCAUCGGUGUUCCCUCCGCCGCCGACCUGAAGGCCUGGGCCGAAAACUUCACCUGCCAGUGCUACGCGGGGCAGAGCUGUUCGCCCAAACUGUCUCAACCGACCAAAAUCAAACUCAUCUGGGUUUAAUUUUUUGCUGAUCCACAGAUUGCAUCACUGCCUUUAAUGCCAUGAAAGAUGUUGUCAUCUGCAUCACAUAAGCAUCUGUGUUUAUUUUAUAAUAUUUCUGAUGUGGAAAAACUACACAUUUUGCAAAUAUCAACAUUCGGCACAAAACUAUUUUUUUUAAUUUAAAAGCAAAAGGGACCUUUAUCCUCAGAAACUGAGCAAAAUGGCCCGAUUUUUUCAAAAACAUGGAAGGAAGUCAACAAGCAACUUCAGAAGAAAUGACCCCAUAAAAAAGCACAAAU